GGAGCGAGCGAGCGAGGGACGGAGCGCAGGAGGCGGGCCCCGCCGAAGCAGGAAGGGCUGUGGCUGGAGCUGGGGCUGUGACGGGGCUGGCAGGGCUGUGCGGGGCCGAGCGAAGGCCUGGAGUCGACGCACGGAAAGGGAGGAAGGAGACGAGGGGACUUUGCGCGCACAGCAGCGAGCCCGGGAAGCCGAGCCGGGCUGGGCCGCGGCGGCCCAGGGCGUUGGACUAGAUGACCCUCGAGGUCCCUUCCAACUCUACAAUUCUAUGAUCUUGUCAAUUCCCCGUUCUCCAGCCUUCACAUCAAGAGGCAAGGUCCUGAGCCAUGGCGGUGUGGAUUCAAGCGCAGCAACUCCAGGGGGAUGCCCUGCGGCAGAUGCAGGCCCUGUAUGGGCAGCACUUUCCCAUUGAGGUCCGCCAUUACCUCUCGCAGUGGAUUGAGAGCCAGCCAUGGGACUCCAUCGACCCGGAAAACCCCCAGGAGGGUGCCAAGGCCACGCAGUUGUUGGAGGGACUGAUCCAGGAGCUGCAGAAGAAAGCGGACCACCAGGUGGGCGAGGACGGCUUCCUUCUGAAGAUCAAACUGGGCCACUAUGCCACUCAGCUGCAGAAUACGUACGAACGCUGCCCUAUGGAACUGGUGCGCUGCAUCAGGCACAUCCUUUACCAUGAGCAGCGUCUGGUGCGAGAGGCCACAGAUAGUCCCUCGCCAGCUAGCAAUCUGGCCGAUGCCCUGUCUCAGAAGCACCUGCAGAUCAACCAGACCUUUGAGGAGCUGCGCCUUGUUACUCAGGACACUGAGAACCAGCUGAAGAGGCUUCAGCAGACGCAGGAGUACUUCAUCAUCCAGUACCAAGAAAGCCAUCGCGUACAAGCCCAGUUUGCUCAGCUAGCCCAGCUAAACCCCCAGGAGCGCAUGGCCCGCGAGUCUACUUUGCAGCAGAGGAAGGUAUCGCUGGAAGCUUGGCUGACCCGUGAGGCACAGACACUGCAGCAGUAUCGUGUGGAGCUGGCUGAAAAGCACCAGCAGACACUUUCACUGCUCCGCAAGCAGCAAACCAUUAUCCUGGACGACGAACUGAUUCAGUGGAAGAGGAGGCAACAGUUAGCGGGGAAUGGCGGGCCCCCUGAGGGCCCUUUGGAUGGAUUGCAGGCUUGGUGUGAGAAGCUAGCUGAGAUCAUCUGCCAGAACCGCCAGCAAGUGCGCCGUGUUGAACAUCUGUGUCAGCAGCUGCCCAUUCCAGGGCCCAAUGAAGAGAUGUUGGCUGACAUCAACACCACGGUCACAGACAUAAUUUCUGCCCUGGUGACUAGUACUUUUAUUAUUGAAAAGCAGCCUCCCCAGGUGCUGAAGACCCAGACCAAGUUUGCAGCCACGGUGAGGCUGCUGGUUGGUGGAAAGUUAAAUGUCCACAUGAACCCCCCACAGGUGAAGGCCACCAUCAUCAGCGAGCAGCAGGCCAAAGCCCUCCUGAAGAAUGAGAGCACCCGCAAUGAGAGCAGCGGUGAUAUCUUGAACAACUGCUGUGUGAUGGAAUAUCACCAGGCGACUGGUACUCUGAGCGCUCAUUUCCGCAACAUGUCCUUGAAGCGGAUCAAGCGCUCUGACCGACGCGGCGCCGAGUCAGUGACCGAGGAGAAGUUCACCAUCCUCUUUGAAUCCCAGUUCAGCGUUGGCGGCAACGAGUUGGUCUUCCAGGUGAAGACGCUGUCCCUGCCUGUGGUGGUGAUUGUGCACGGCAGCCAGGACAACAACGCCACGGCCACGGUGCUGUGGGACAACGCUUUCGCAGAGCCGGGCCGUGUCCCCUUCGCCGUGCCCGACAAGGUGAUGUGGUCGCAGCUCUGCGAGGCCCUCAACAUGAAGUUCAAAUCGGAGGUCCAGAGCAGCCGAGGUCUCACCAAGGAAAACCUGCUCUUCUUGGCCCAGAAACUGUUCAAUAGCAACAUGAACCUCUUAGAAGACUACAACGGCAUGGCUGUUUCCUGGGCCCAGUUCAACAGGGAGAACCUCCCAGGACGAAAUUACACAUUCUGGCAGUGGUUUGAUGGGGUGAUGGAAGUCCUGAAGAAACACUUGAAACCUCACUGGAAUGAUGGGGCUAUUCUAGGUUUUGUCAACAAGCAGCAAGCCCACAACCUGCUAAUCAACAAGCCAGAUGGAACUUUCCUUUUGAGGUUUAGUGACUCUGAGAUUGGAGGUAUCACAAUUGCCUGGAGGUUUGACAACACUGAUAGAAUGUUCUGGAACCUGAUGCCCUUCACCACUCGUGACUUCUCCAUCCGCACCCUGGCAGACCGUCUCGGGGACCUCCCAUACCUCCUCUAUGUGUAUCCUGACCGUCCCAAAGAAGAGGUCUUCUCCAAAUACUACAUGCCAGUCCUUUCAAAGACGGGGGAUGGGUAUGUGAAGCCACUGAUCAAGCAAGUUGUGCCAGAGUUUGCCACUACAUCUGGAGACUCUACAGCUGGAGGGCCUACCUACAUGGAUCAAGCUUCAUCCCCAGCUGUCUGCCACCAGUCCCUGUACAACACUUACCCAACAAACCCCGACUCCGUGCUGGACCCAGAAGCGGACUAUGACCUGGAUGACUCGAUGGACGUGGCGCGGCACGUGGAAGAGCUGCUGAGGCGCCCCAUGGACAGCCAGUGGAUCUCGCACGCCCAGUCAUGACCAUGCCGCCUCCCCUGGAGAGACCGUGUAGAGACUGUGAAAAAAUGGGGGGCGCUGCCGUUAGGGAGUACAGCUGCUGUGUGUGUGUGUUUGGAGGGGGGGUGCAUUUCCUCACCCCGUAGUGAGGGCAAGCCUGCCCUGCCCUGACUGGGGUGUGGGGGCUGUGCCUGAGAGGCAGUGGAUCUUGUCUCUCCCCUUUCACACGUGCAAAAGGCAGUGGAGUGUAUCGCUUGGCUUUCCCAUCUGCUCGGCUUUUCUCGGGCCUUCCGCUUUGGCGCAGUGCCUCCUUCUGCCAAGCUGCCAUAUGAUUUGCGUUGGGGAUCAUUCCCUCCCCUCCUCCCAGGAUUCCACACACUGCCACGUCCUUUGCCCAGGAGCCUUUGGGGUGGGGUUGCUGAGCUGUGGAGGAGAGUAGGCCUUAUUUGAAGUAUUUGUCUUUUGUAAUCUUUUUAUGUGUCUGACAUUUCUUUUCUCAGCUGCACCCAGGAUAAACGGGUGUGUGUGCGCGCCUGGCUGGCUGGCUGCCUCUGACCUGUGUUUCCCUAGGUGCACACAUGUGUGGGCAGCAGCAUUCUGUGCAAGAGACCCUGACUCAGUGGGAGUGCUGCUUCUAUUCGGACCCCUCUGUAGUAGCCCACUCCUACCAUGCCCCCCCUUGGUUGACAGAACCCUCUGGAGUCGCUAUCUGUCGCCUUACCCCAACGCCUUUCUUUUUGCCUUGUCGCAAGAUAGUCGCUUACCCCUUGGCUCCUGCAUCAUCUAGUACCUUUUGGCUUUUGAUGUGCCCGACAUUUUGCUCCCAGGCAUCACAAGUUCAGCAGAUCGCUGAGGGGUGGUGGUGGUGUUUUUAAAUAAGUUGAAAGUGCAGGAAUUAGAAUCAGAAACAGUGUUUCCCCUGUUAGGAUUAGGGGUGGCAUGGGAAGAAGGCCCCCUGGAUUUCAUUGCUGGGUUCUGAGGG